GACCCUCAAAGAGACCCCUGGCUUCCCCCUUCUCUGGUCAGGGGACAGAGAGGCCCAGGCCCAGGAAGUAGGGACUUGACUUCCUCUUGUCCCGGAAUGAGCCUCUGUCCUUUGCAGGCAGAUUUGGGUCUCACGCAGAGGAAACCAAAAGCAGUCAGCGGGAGGGAGGGGAGGCCCAGCAACCAAUCAAGGGCAAGGUGAGACUCAAAACCCGCUGGCUCCCCGGGGAGCAGCCAGCGAGCGGCUGGGGGCCAUGGCGGAGCUGCAGCAGCUGCAGGAGUUUGAGAUCCCCGCGGGCCGGGAGGCUCUGCGCAGUAACCACAGCGCCCUGCUUCGGGUGGCCAACUACUGUGAGGACAACUACAUGCAGACUUCAGACAAGCGGAAGGCGCUGGAGGAGACCAUGGCCUUCACCACCCAGGCGCUGGCCAGUGUGGCCUACCAGGUGGGCAACCUGGCCGGGCACACCCUGCGCAUGCUGGAUCUGCAGGCAGCCUCGCUGCGGCAAGUGGAAGCCCGUGUGAGCACGCUGGGCCAGAUGGUGAACAUGCACAUGGAGAAGGUGGCCCGCAGGGAGAUUGGCACACUGGCCAUCGUCCAGCGCCUGCCCCCUGGCCAGAAGGUCAUCGCCCCUGAGAGCCUGCCGGCCCUCACACCGUACUACAGGAAACCCCUCAACUUUGCUUGCUUGGAUGACAUUGGCCAUGGGAUCAAGGACCAGAGCACGCAGCUGUCGCGGACUGGGACCCUGUCUCGAAAGAGCGUCAAGGCGCCUUCCACGCCCGCCUCCGCCACCCUGGGGAGGCCGCCCCGCAUCCCUGAGCCCGUGCAGCUCCCGGUGGUGCCCGAUGGCCACCUCUCCACGGCCUCGUCCGUCUCCUCGUUGGCCUCGGCCAGCAGCGCCGAAGGGGUCGGUGGGGUCUUCCAGAUCAAGGGGCAGGGAGCCCCCCUUGCCCUACCUCUCCCUGGCCCCGUGGCCCCACCCGCAGCUGCUGCCUUCCAGCUGCCCCCUCCGCCUGAGGAGCUGUCGCCACCCCUGCCAGCCCCUGAGCUGCCUCUGCCCUUGGACCUGCCCCCACCUCCACCCCUGGACAUGGACGAAUUGGGGCUGCCGCCCCCGCCCCCAGGGUUUGGCUCGGCUGAGCCCACCUGGGUCCCUGAUGCGUACUUGGCGAAAGUGGUGACCCUGUACCCAUACACCCGUCAGAAGGACAACGAGCUCUCCUUCGCCGAGGGCACCAUCAUCUGCAUCACCCGCCGCUACUCGGAUGGCUGGUGCGAGGGCGUCAGCUCCGAGGGGGCUGGCUUCUUCCCGGGGAACUAUGUGGAGCCCAGCUGCUGACCGCCGGGUGCUCCAGGCUCUGCGCCUGGCCACUGGCGAGCUCCACCAUCUGGUCGGGGCCAGGCCUGCCUGCUUCAAGUACUGUGCCCUCCCAGCCCCGAUAGUGGGACAGGGUCUUGGCGGGUAGAAUGAGGAGCCAGCCAGAAACCCGUUUGUUGCCAGUGAGGAAGAACUGGGAGCCAAGAACUGUUCCGGCUUGCAGAGGUCACGGCAAGCGAAGUAUCCAGCCACAAGUGCCAACUUUGAAUAAAACCUUGGACUUCC